AUGCCGCCUAAGGAAGCGACCAAAGUUCUGGCCGAGCGGUUGGCCAAGCGCAAGGGGAUUCUCGCGCUGCGUGACAACAUCGAGAAGUUUGUGAGCAAGUUCAACGGCGAGCUGGACAUGUGCCAAGUGUCAAACAACAUCGAGAAGUUGGAUGAGCCGAACAAUCUGGACGCGAACAUUGCUCAGCGGGUCGACUUCGAGCAGCGCUACUGUGACAUCAAGGGAUUUUUGCUCUCCAAGCGACCUGUCGAUCUCAACCAAACAUUGGAGAUGUCUACGAUGUCUCACUCGCACUCGCACAAUUUCCACCUGCGUCUCCCGAAGAUCGAAUUGCCGCAGUUCGACGGAGACUACUCACGCUGGUUGUCCUUCCGGGACACUUUUGUGUCGAUGAUCCAUGCCAACUCGGACAUACCAACUGUAGCCAAGCUGCAGUACCUGCUGCAGUCGUUGGGACCGACAGCCAAGAAGCCUUACGAAUCCGUCGAUAUCAAGGCUGACAACUACUUCACGACGUGGUCAGCGAUACUCAAGCGGUACGACGACAAGCGUCACCUGAAGCGACAGCUGUUCAGAGGUUUGUACGAUUUGCCAGCAGUGCCAGAGGAGUGUGCGUCUGCGAUCCACAACUUGGCUGAUGACUUCCAACGCCACGUGAAGGCGCUCGAGAAGUUGGACGAACUUGUGCAGCAUUGGGACACGCCGCUGGUAAACAUGCUGUCGUACAAGUUGGAUCAAGCGACGUUGCGAGCGUGGGAGGAGAAGAAUAGCGAGAAGGCCGACGUUAAGUACGACGACAUGAUCGAGUUCUUGUACCAACGGGUACGCGUUUUGGAAGCUAGCGGAUCGGAGUCCAAGCAGUCGGCAUCGGCAAAGGUGACCGGUUCCUCAUCGAAACAAUCUCGGCCGAGGUUCGUUGCCAACGCUGCCUCUUCCUCCAGCUCGAACGGUUCGUGCUUGCUUGGGUGUUCGGAGAACCAUCAUCUACGCAGAUGUCCAGUGUUUCUUGGGAAGGAUGUGCAGCAACGCCGAGACCUGGUUGCGCAGAAACGGCUGUGCUGGAACUGUCUCUCGGCUGGCCACCCGGCCAGGAAGUGUGGGUCCAAGUUCUCGUGCCAAACUUGUAAGCAGAAACACCAUUCACUUGUGCACGUCUCGUCUCCGACGAGGGUUUCAUCGACUCCUGCUGUGACUUCCGUCACAAUUGAUCAACCGUCCAACACCGCGUCGGCGAACGCGGCCCCGGUAGGCUCAAGUUCUACCACUCCACAAGUCAGCAUGGCAGUGCAAACUGCAUACAACACGGUUCUGCUGGAGACGGUUGUGGUGAAUGUGGUUGACGAUCACGGCAAGAAGCACAAGGCGCGAGCGUUGCUGGACUCAGCUUCGAUGUCAAACUUCAUGUCGGGUCAGCUGGCAAAGAACCUCUACAAUCGGCCGAUCAAGGUGGACGUCGCAGUAGCUGGGAUUGGAGUUUCAACACAACGAGUUCGCAGCGCAAUCACAGCCGCGAUCGAGUCCAGGAACACAACGUUUUCUACGAAGCUGGAGUUCCUGAUCCUGAGGCAGCCUUCUGCAGAGCUGCCAACCGUGCCGAUAGACGUGUCGACAUGGAAACUUCCGGAUAUUGUGCUGGCAGAUCAACGCUUCAACGUACCUGAACCGAUCGACCUGGUGAUCGGCAGUGAAUCGUUCUGGGAACUGCACACUGGGCGGAAGAUCUCGCUUGGAGCAGGUCUUCCAUGGCUUUCAGCUGUGAACGAUCGUCUGGAGGCUGCAAUCCAGAGAUUCUGGGAAGUUGAGACGAUCCCGGAAGGCCCCGCUCACUCUGUCGACGAGAAUCGCUGCGAGGAGUUCUUCGCCAAGACGACCACCCGUAACGCUACAGGAAGGUACGUGGUUCGUCUUCCCCUGACCGAUAACCCUGAAAUCGUCCUGGGGGAUUCCAAGACCAUCGCAGAGCGCCGCUUUCUCGGCCUGGAACGUCGAUUGGAUCGAGAUCCUGCGACGAAGGAGGCCUACCACAAGUUUAUGCACGAGUAUCUGUCGCUGGGCCACAUGGAGUUGGUGGACGGACCUGUGGACUACCGGAGGCCACACUGCUACUUGCCGCACCACCCUGUCUUCAAACAAUCAAGCACAACGACGAAGGUCAGGGUCGUCUUCGACGCGUCGUGCAAGACGUCGUCCGGCUACUCGGUGAAUGAAAAGAUGCUCGUUGGACUGGUCGUUCAACCGGACCUGCUGUCGACGCUGCUGAAGUUCCGGUUUCAAGCGGUCGCACUGGUGGCGGACGUCGAAAAGAUGUACCGUCAAGUGCUCGUGCAUCCUGACGAUCGGCCUCUGCAGCGGAUUGUUUGGCGAUUCAACCCGACGGAUCCCAUCUCGACCUACGAAUUGCGGACGGUCACCUACGGCACGGCAAGCGCUCCCUUUCUGGCAACCAGAACGCUCGCUCAGAUCGCGCAAGACAACAAAGAACUCCACCCGGACGCUGCUGAAGCUGUUGCACGAGAUUUCUACGUCGACGACUUGAUCUCUGGUGCGCCGGACGUGGAAACGGCGAUCAAACUGCGCCGCGAGAUAUCUACGAUGCUUGCUGCUGCUGGUUUUCCGCUCAAGAAGUGGGCGUCUAACGCCCCUGAAGUGCUACGAGACAUUCCACCCGAGGAUCUUGCACUUCUGCCGGUUUACGACCUGCAAGAUGGUCAAACUGUAACCACACUCGGCAUCGUUUGGGACCCACAGACAGACACCCUCUGUUUCCGGGUCCAACUACCACCCCCUGCGUCGGUGCUCUCAAAGCGCAAAGUGAUGUCUUACAUCGCACAGAUUUGGGACCCGUUUGGACUGGUUGGUCCAACAACAUUGAAGGCGAAGCUGUUUAUGCAGCGCUUGUGGGCGCUCAAACACAAAGGAGAAGCCUGCGCGUGGGACACCCCGCUCCCACUCAAGAUCCAGCUGGAAUGGAAGGAGUUCCACAUGCUGCUGCACAUGCUCAGCCAGGUCAAGGUUCCGCGGUUCGUCUCUACGCCUGGCGCCACUAUCCAGUUGCAUUUUUUCUCCGACGCGUCGGAAAAGGCUUACGGCGCCUGCUGUUACGUCCGAGCUGCGGCCGCCAACGGAGUUACCACUCGUCUGCUGUCCUCGAAGUCCAAGGUCGCGUCGCUGUCGUCCCAUGACUCGAUCAACAAAUUGGAGCUAAAUGGUGGCCGGCUCUCUACGCAGCUGUACAAGAAAGUCAAGAAAGCCCUGAACCUGUCUGAUGCCGUUCCAGUCUUCUUCUGGACAGAUUCGCUUACGGUUCUUCACUGGUUGAACUCUCUGCCCAGCCGUUGGAAGACGUACGUCGCGAAUAGGGUGUCCCAAAUCCAGCUGUGCACUAGCCGCCAUGUCUGGGGACACGUACCCGGCGUCGACAAUCCCGCCGACUACAUCUCUCGAGGACUGAGCCCGCUGGAACUGCUCGAUUGUCUGUGUUGGUGGUUUGGGCCCCUUUGGCUGAAGCAAAACCCGGACUACUGGCCAAAAACUGUGUUGACAGCCGCAGACGCUUCAGCUGUAACCAAGGAAGAACGCAAGGUGCCGAUCGUUGCGAUGACCACCGUCGAGGCUGAUUUCAGCAACCGUGUUUUCAGCUUGACCUCGAGCUUUCCUAAGCUCCGUCGCGACAUCGCAUUCUGCCAGCGCUUUCUUUCCAAGCUUCGUGAACGCUCGGUGCAACGGCGCGAUGCACCUGAACAGUACGCCCUGCUUACUGUUGGAAAAGUAACAACCCCUCUAUCGGUUACGCCGCUCUCUACGCACGAACUCCAACACGCUGAAUUCUCGCUGGUGCGCCUAGCGCAGCAAGAACACUACGCUGAGGAGAUUUCUGACCUCUCUGGAGGUGAACGCGUGGCCAUUUUCGUUUGCUUUUCGACCAAGGCGGUCCACAUCGAGCUGGUGAGCGAUUUAUCCACACCAGCAUUCAUCGCAGCUCUACGUCGACUGGUCGCCCGCAGAGGACAGGUUGUCGAGUUGAAUUCUGACAACGCGACCGCCUUCAAGGGUGCUGCGAAUGCACUGCACCGUGUGUACCAGAUGCUGAAGGUCGAACAAGUCGAUCGGAAUGAGAUUUUCACCUGGUGCGCAGAGAACGGGAUUCGCUGGAAAUUCAUCCCACCACGCGCGCCGCACUUCGGCGGACUGUGGGAGGCGGCGGUCAAAUCCGCCAAAACACACCUACUCAAGACGAUGGGCACCACUAGUGCCAACUACGAGGACAUGCUCACACUGCUGGCGCAGAUAGAGAUGUGCCUCAACUCUCGCCCACUCACGCCCAUGCCGGACGACCCGGCAGACGCUGAAGUCCUGACCCCGGGACAUUUUCUCGUCGGGAGCAACCUCCAAGCCGUUCCGGAAAUGGACCUGAAGGAGAUUCCAGACAACCGCCUCAACAACUGGGAGCUGACGCAGAAACGAGUCCAGCAAAUCUGGGCACGCUGGUACCCCGAGUAUCUGCAGCAGCUGCAGUCACGUGCGACGAAAGGUUGCAACCCACCUGUCGCCGUCGAGGUCGGCAGAGUCGUCAUCAUCAAGGAAGACAACGUUCCGCCUGCAAGCUGGCCCCUCGGAAAAAUCGUGAAGCUGCACCCGGGAAAAGACGGCAUCGUUCGGGUCGUGACCCUGAAGACAGCAGCGGCCAAGGAAGUCGUACGUGCUGUCGCCCGCAUCGCUCUCCUGCCAACACCAAGCCAAUGA